ACUUUUCUUAUAGCACCCUUGUUUACUAAACAUUCAAGAAUUCAGCCAAUUCUGGAGAAUUUUGAGCGAUUCUCAAACAACAAAUCCACCCAAUUUCUACUCGUCACAAGCCUUCAAACAUAUCUCCGUACUUCCAUUUUGAUCCGCCCAACAAGAUGGAUUAUCUACUCGAAGAGACCGUGCCCAUGGCCGAUUUAAAGAAAUUCGAAAGCAAAUACAAUGAUGAGAUUCAAACUCAAGGACGGGCCUCGUCCACGGCUCAAUUCGAAUACGCCUGGUGUCUGGUUCGAUCAAAGUAUUCGGCCGAUAUCCGUAAAGGUAUCCUGCUCCUGGAAGACUUGUUUAAGAAUCGUGACGAGUCGGCCAAGCAAGAUUAUCUGUAUUAUCUGGCCAUCGGCAAUGCCAGGAUUAAAGAGUAUCAGACCUCCUUGAAAUACAUUCGGGCUCUACUGCAGAUUCAGCCGGGAAACCGCCAGGCCACGGAUCUGGAGGGAGUGGUCAAGAAGAAGAUGGAACGCGAUGGGCUGGUGGGCAUGGCCGUGGUGGGUGGAGCCACCUUGGCUUUCGGGGCCUUGGUCGGCGUGGGAAUAGCUUUGGCCAAGUCCAAGUGAAGAGAAGAAACCCACGUUAAGCUAGAAAUUUGUGUGAUAUUAUUUUCAUGUCAUGGUCAGGAGGAUUUUUUUCCUAGUCUCUACAGAGUUUCAACAAGCUCUAGUUGCAACCAAUGAAAUAUAGUGACCUCUACUUUUUUUGUUGUGAAAA